CGACUGUCUCUGAGCCCCUCCCUUCUCUUCCUCCUUUAUUUCCCUCUAAUAUCCAGUCUGUAAGACGCAGCGCUGGAAUGGCCACUGCACUACCCACUUUGGCCAUCCCAGGCCAGCGCCUGGGCUCAAUUGCCUCAUAUGCCGCCGGUCCUGGUACACACGUGCAGAACGCAACCAUCUAUGCCUCGAUCGCAGGCCCCGUGGUCGUCGAUCAAGCGCAACCCAGCUCCAAAGCCAAGCUCAUCCUGAGUGUCUCCCGCACAGGCCCCAAGAAGGCAGCUGCACCUGCACCUAGCACCAAGGCGUCCGCCAAACCAGCCACCACUGGAAAGCCCAAGCUGAGAUACAACACCCUCCCCGCCGUCGACUCGGUCGUGUUGGCUCGCGUCACCCGCGUUCAGAAGCGACAAGCCACCGUGUCUAUUCUCGUCGUGCUCGACGAAUCUGCUAGCUCUCAGCCUCUCAACCCCGCACAGACUGCAUCGGACAAUGACAACAUCGAAGCUAUUCUCUCGUCCGCGGCUAAUCCGGAGAACCAUAGCAACUCGGAUGAACUUCGCUUCCAGGCGCUGAUCCGCAAGGAGGACGUUCGCGCCGUUGAGAAAGACCGCGUCGUCAUGGAUGAGAUGUUCCGUGUUGGGGAUAUUGUUCGUGGAACGGUCAUUUCCCUGGGUGAUCAGAGCUUCUACUAUCUUACCACCGCACGCAAUGAUCUGGGUGUCGUUAUGGCCCGCAGUGAGUCGGGUAAUAUGAUGUUCCCUGUUAGCUGGAAGGAGAUGAGAGAUCCUGUUACUGGGGUCGCGGAGUUGAGGAAGGUUGCUAGGCCGUUUUGAGAGGUCUAUCACCUGUUCUGGGGUGAGAGGAAUUGAUGAUACCAGCAAUUAUGUAUGAUGCGUUGGUCUGGCCGGGCCUCGAUGAUGGCUGGCUAGG